ACAGCGUCCCUUUGCAAAUUCUGAGUAUUUCUCUCUGGAUGGAGUUCUCUCUGGCGCCCUGCAGUGCGCCAGAGCCGCGGAAUUAUGUGCUCUUAGUCUCGGGCACCUUCAACCCCCCGCACCGGGGCCACGUGCGCCUGGGCUUGUGCGCCAAAGAGCAGCUGGAGCGCUUGGGCCACUCCGUGCAGGCCGUUUGCUGGCUGCCAGUGCAUGACAACUACAUGCUCAACAAGCAGACCCUGGCCGGCAAGUGCAAGGAAGGUGGCAGCGAGCUGUUCUACCCCAUGGCCCAGCGCUGCGAGCAGCUGCGCCUGCUGCUGCGCGACCAGGGCGAGGGCCUGGAGGCCUUCUGCCACGUGCUGGACUACGAGCUCCGCUUCGGGGCGCAGCUGCUGGAGGAGUCACCCAACUACUGGGCCCAGCGACUCCCGGAAGGCUACCUCCGCACGGUGCCCACCAAGUCUUUGCUGCGUCACUUCGCCCAGCACUCGCCGCUCAUGAAGUCGGCGCGGCUGGGGGCGGUCUUCGGGGUGGACAACCUCAUAGGCAUGGCCUCCUGGAACGCACCGGGGGAGCUUCUGGAGAGCACGGACCUAGUGCUGGUGGCGCGGGAGGCGGCGACUGUGGAGCUGAGAAGCAGCCCUCAGCCGCUGCUGUCUGAGCUGCGCUACUUCCAGAUCCAGGAGAGAGUGGACGUCAAGUACGAGGGUAAGGAGCUCUUCGGCCAAGCCGUGGGCUGCUUUGAGAACGCCUCGGCCUCAAAAUCUGCCGCCUCGCGGCUAGUGCUGCUGCCAGCACUGGGGCCCGACGAGGGGCUCAGCUCCAGCUGCCUGCGGAAGGCGCUGGCGGAGUGCCUGGCGACCUGCCGGCAGCACGGCUGCGCCUCAGAGGAGCUGCUGACCUGCCUCUUGUACCACGGCCUCCGCAGCGCCGCCGCGCUGAAGCGGGAGGCGGAGAGCGCGGACGAGCGCGGGGAGCGUGUGAAGCGCCUCAAGGUCUGAGUGCUGAACCCACUCGGUUCCCCAUGUAUUCAGGGGACCGGAAAACUCGGAAUCUAAAAGCGGGUUUUUGAAGGCUUGCGCCAAGGGUCAA